CUGUCAUCUGGUAAGGUCAAAAACUAAUCAGUUACAUUUUCAAAAAUUUGCGCAGCUGUUAGGGACGAAGUAUUACACCGUAACAGGUAGGAUUUGUAUAUUACGGUGAUGACAGCUGCUGCCGUGGAUCAUAAAACUAUACACUGCAGAUAUCAGUCUGCUUUUGCACAUCAAAGUGUUAACAUCUGAAGUAUCAUAUAUCAGUGAAAUGCAUCAUCAUCAUCAUCAGAGUCUUGGAGACGCUGCCUUGGCUGGCAUGAUGCCGCCUUAUGAGCAAGCACCGAUGUUUGAGCCACCCAGACCUCGCUUCAUCUUCCGCAUGCCGCGAGUGGUGCCCAAUCAAAAGUCCAAGUUCGAAAGUGACGAACUUUUCCGCCGCCUGAGCCGCGAGAGCGAAGUGCGAUACACUGGCUACCGGGAACGCGCCAUCGACGAGCGAAGGAUGCGAUUUGUGACUGAUUGUCGCAAGGGAUACGCCGAGCUAUCAUUCUUGGCGUCUGGCACCAAUCUGCAGUUGUACUUCAAUGCCAAUCACAAUCCCUAUGCGACGGAGCAGGAGUGCGACUUUGAGAAGGAGCGCAACAAAGUUCACUUGCGUUCCAGUUUCAUUAUGAACGGUGUGUGCGUGCGUUUCCGUGGCUGGGUGGAUCUGGAACGCUUGGAUGGCGUGGCCUGCUUGGAAUAUGACGAAGGACGUGCCCAGGUCGAGGAUGCACAGCUGAAUGAACAGAUCGAAAGUCACAAUCAACGCAUGGCUGAAUCGAAAAGAAUGUAUGCGCCCACUCCGCCAGAGGAACAGAUGGUCCCUCAUCCUAGACCCUUACCGUGCAUGGCUCCAGAAACAUUGAAUAACCCACCGUUAAGAUGGCUCUCAUUUGAAUAAGAUCUUAAGCCUAGUUAACAUAAGUUGUGUUUUUU